GAGAACUUUACCAACCAUUGUCUUUCUCAACACCACCAAUAUGCCCCGCCAACGGUCCAAGAAGCUCUCCCUGGGCAAAAAGUCUGCAGAUAGACACGCCGAAAAUUCUGCGCAAGCUUUUGAAAAAGAAAGUUUCCGCUCGGGAAGCGACAAUGACAGCGAUGAGAUAAUGGAUAAGGAUGAGGAGGAGGAAGAGUUGGACCGGCUGGUGCUUGGAGAUGGAGGCGCAUUUAAGGCGCAAUUACUUCAGAGUGCGUCGCAUGGUGGAAAUGAUUCCGACAGUGAUGUGGGACCCUCAGGAGAAGACGAAGCGGCGGAGGGCGGUUUGGAAGAUGUGGAUGAUGCAGAUGUAAGAAUGAUUCUGCGCAAUCUAUUAGUUGAAAAAAUGCUAACCUUUUUACAGCUAUUCUUCCUUGACGACGGCCCAUCAAAUAUCGACUCGACUGCUUUAAUUGCGCAUAAACCAGUGGAUCAUGGAGAAGAAGAAGAAGCACCCGCUUGGGAGGACAGUGAUGACGAUCGCCUGACAAUUUCUCUUGCGGGCAAUACUCGUCUUCGAAAACUUCGGGUCAAUGAGGCGGAGGAUAUGAUCAGUGGAGGAGAAUAUACCCGACGCUUGCGAAUGCAAUUCGAGCGAAUAAAUCCUAUACCGGAAUGGGCAAAGGAUGCUUCACGACCAGCAAAACGGCGUCGCAGAUCUUCAGCCGCCUCCGAUUCUUCGAUGUCUUCGAAUGAUAUGGACUUGGAUGAUGUAGAUCUUUCAACACUUCCGUUAGCAAGGUUGCUGCAGGAUGCUGGAGCUCUGACGAGAACACCAAAUAGCACAAACAAGAAGCCCAAAUUACGACCAGGAGUUCUUGAUAUUCAACGCACACGAGAUGUCUCCCUUGUUCAGCCAUCGUCGAUAUCUUCUCUCUCAUUCCACCCCGAAUUCCCUGUCAUUCUCUCCUCUGGUCCAGCGUCGACCCUCUACCUCCAUCACGUUGCGCCUACCGCUCUGCCCACCCCAAAUCCUCUUCUCACUUCGGUACAUAUUCGAAAUACACCAUUGCACACUUCAACCUUCCUCCAUCCCAAAGGAGACAAAAUCUUCUUUUCGGGCCGCAGACGUUACUUUCACACAUGGGAUAUGCCUUCAGGGACGGUUCAAAAAGUGACUAGAGUCUAUGGGCAGAAGGAAGAGCAAAAGAGUAUGGAGAAAUUCAAACUUAGUCCAUGCGGACAGUAUAUGGCUAUCAUCGGGUCGGCGAAGAAGGGCGGCGGAGUCAUCAAUAUUUUGCAUUCUUCGACCACACAAUGGAUUGCUACAGCACGAAUAGAUGGCCAGAACGGAAUCGCAGAUUUUGCAUGGUGGAGCGACGGGAAGGGAUUAACAAUUAUUGGGAAAGGAGGAGAUGUCGGAGAGUGGAGCGUUGAAGCAAAAUCAUUUAUUGCUAAAUGGACUGAUGAUGGGUUUGGCCCUACUGUUAUGACACUCGGUGGGAAAAGUGGCCCAGGGCCUUUAGGCGGUGAUAGAUGGAUCGUAAUCGGUUCCCAGAGUGGAAUCGUGAACAUCUACGACCGACGCGCCUUCAUCACACCCAAGAACAAAAUCAGCAUCCCAGAAAGACCGACACCUACCAAAACAUUCGAGCAGUUUACCCGACCGACGAGCAACUUGGAAAUCAGCGCUGACGGGCAGAUCUUGGUGUUCAGCACGAAGUGGAAGAAGGAUGCGCUGCGUUUGGUGCAUCUGCCCAGUUGCACGGUUUACAAGAAUUGGCCGACUAGUCAGACGCCCCUGGGGAGGAUUACUGCUGUGGCAUUUAGUCCGCAGAGUGAUAUGUUGGCUGUGGCGAAUGAGCAGGGGAAGAUUAGAUUGUUUGAGAUUAGGUGUUAAGAUAUUUGAAUCAAUUGGAAGUUCAUGAUACCAUUCCAUUACAUUUUUUGAUCGUUGGUGAUUGAGUGCGAUUUUCGGUAAUCUAUGUUCAUGUUCAGAGUAAUGUAUAUCAGGGAAGCGAGUGCCAACAUUCUCGUUGCGACGGGAGGGAAAAGAAGAAGAGCGGGAGCGAUG